CCUCCAAGUCUCUAUUUGUAUGCCUCAAGUUUGUGUCAAACGCAAAACACAAGAGACAGGUACCCCGGGUGUUCUUUGGGUACAGCUCACGUCAAAACCAAGCAGCGCAGAGACACAAAUUCCCACGCACAGUCAUAACAAUGGAAGAAUCCGCAAUGAAAUCAGAGGCAAACAAAGAGUCUUGCAGAGCUCAAGUCCUCUUGAUCUUCGAAGACAUUGACGCGCAGUAUCUGGAGGAAUUGGCCAUAGAGUACACCUUUGAGCCUAGAGACAUCAUUGUGGCGAUCCUUGACAAACAGGAGCGAGGUCAACAAUAUCCAAAACGAGCCAACCACUUAAAACGCAAACGCAACGAUGAUAAUGAUGAGAGCCAGGAGAUUACAGUCAAGGAUUCUAACAGCGGCAUCAAAGCGAAGAUGAAUGACCCAGCUUAUUUGAAUCGAAUGCGCUCAGCAGAGUAUAAGGAGAUGGCGACCUUUCUUAUCAGCCAGGACUUCCCUCGCGUCCCAAAAACAACUAUCAAAAGCAAAUUGUUGCUCAAUAAUGGAUCCUCUGUUUUUCGAACGUACGUGGCCAUGGAUGCUGCUGCUCGAGAUUGGAACCCAGAUCAGCCGUUAUGGCAAGAGAAAAAGUAUCCAACAAAGGUAUCGCAAGAAUACUUGGUCGACAAGAUCCACGAACUUAAUCGGGCUGGACUUUCGGACGACAAGCGUUCUGCAGUAGAUGAGUUCCUCGCUGCAAGAAAGGUCAAGUCCGAGAGAGAUGCAAGGAAAGCAGCAGAAGACGCGGAAAGAAGAAACCUAGAACAAGCUCGACAAAACGGGGAACUAGGAGAGUGUGGUUGUUGCUGUGAUGAGUUCCCACUGAACCGAAUGACGCACUGCGAAGGUGAGACAGCCCAUUGGUUUUGCCGACCGUGCAUGAAGCAGCAGGCGGAAACCACGAUUGGGUUCUCGAAGUACGAAAUAUCUUGCCUAUCAAUGGAUGGAUGCGUAGCAGGCUUCUCUGUUGCUCAAAAGAACACUUUUCUUCACAAUAAGCUUUGGAUUGCCCUAAAUCGGAUCGAAGCACUAGCAAUGCUGGAGGCGGCGGGGAUUGAGAACCUCGAAACCUGUCCUUUUUGUCCGAUGGCAAUGGAAUAUCCGCCAGUUGAGGAGAACAAGGAGUUCCGAUGCGCCGACUUUUCUUGCGGAAUCGUCAGCUGCCGGCUUUGUCGCAAGGCGACUCAUGUGCCGAAGACUUGUGCAGAAGCUGCAGCAGAAGAGGGUCAAUCUGCUAGGCACAUAGUUGAAGAGGCCAUGACUAGGGCGCUUGUUCGGGAGUGCAACCAAUGUGGCCAACCCUACGUCAAGGAAGACGGUUGUAACAAAAUAACCUGCACAAGGUGUGGCACUCUCCAAUGCUAUGUAUGUCGACAGACUGUCAAGGAUUAUUCGCAUUUCAACGACAGGACACGCGGGGGCAAAAACGGCCAGUGCCCACUCUUUGAAUUGUCAACAGAAGAGAGGCAUCAAAACGAGGUCCGCCGUGCGGAGGAGGCAAGCCGAUCACAAGUUGCCAAGGACAACCCAGAAUUGAACGAUGAGAUUCUCAAGCUCAAGGUUUCUGCUAGAGUCUUGGAUGACGAGAAGAAACGUAUGGUACCACGAGCAGGUCAAAGAAACCUCGUCCGCCCGCCGGCGCCCAAUGUCCUUGAAGCAGGUGCACUGAGGCUCGUGCGUUUUGAAGAACAAAUAGAGGAGCUGCAGCGACGUGGUAACGAACUAAGACAGCGUCGAGACGAGAUCAGACAACGCCACAAUGAAAUGAGGCAACGAAUUGAACACCAGAAUAUGCAAGCCGAAGCUCAGCGCAUGGCAGCGCGGCAAAUACACAACAACUUGCUGCAGCGCGCCCCUGCUCAAUCACAUAUCAUUGGUCCUGCACCGAAUUCACCAGUACGGCCUCAGUCGGGAUUGGUAAAUGCUCCUCAGCCUCCACAUCUUCAUCAGCCUCAACGACAGCCAGUUGCCGGUCACAAUGCCGCAAAUCCCAUAUUGUUAGGUAGUCCCCCAGCUCGAAUCGGAGUUGAGCUACGGGCGAACUUGCGCAACGACAAUAUUUUUCUGCCACUGUUCCUAGGUGGCGACCUCGAUGAAUUACGACAAGUCGACAACUAUCAACACCAUUUCUUUGAUAAUGAUAUGGACCUAGGACCGCCAAACCUUCAGGAUCGUGCCAGAGCAGUGAAUAGAAUUCAUGGUCAGAUACGCCAGAAUUUCUUGUCAGGUGGCGUACCGGUCCGUAGACGAUUACCCGAUGGUGCUGCUGGACAGAUUAGGGGUCAGCCAGUGGGACAGGCAGCACAAGCAUCCACUCAGACUAACAGGUUGAAAGAUGCCAAGGCAUAGAAAAACGCUUGUAUCAAUGAAAGGGAGCAAAGCCUAAAAGGCAAAUUUUGGCAGAGGGCAUGGCAAAUUUUCAGAAGCAAAAAAGCAAGCUAGGAUAUUCAUCACUAUCACGAGAUGCAUAGUGCCCAUUUUCAUCGCUGUUGGUCAUAGUGGGGGCCAGCG